CUCGCAGAAGCUGCGCGCGCACGUCUCGGGCUCUGCAGCGUGGAGAGUGGGACGUCCGCGGGAGGAGUUUGUUUCUCCCGUCGUUGCGCGCAGACAUGUCGGGCAGCAGGCUGAUGAGAGCCGUGAGGGUGAGCGAGUUCGGACCUCCGUCGGUGCUCCGACUCUGCUCGGACGUGGCUGCCCCACAGCCCGGACACAGACAGGUGCUGAUCCGGGUCCACGCCUGCGGGGUGAACCCCGUGGAAACGUACAUCCGGGCCGGGACGUACGCCCGUCGGCCCGCCCUGCCGUACACACCGGGCUCAGAUGUAGCCGGGGUGGUGGAAUCGGUGGGAGAAGGCGUGACCGCAGUAAAGGCAGGAGACCGGGUGUUCUCCAUGGCCACUGAGACCGGCGGUUAUGCAGAGUUCGCCGUGGCCGCUGACCAGAGCGUCCACAGGCUGCACGCCGCGCUGAGCUUCCUCCAGGGAGCGGCCCUGGGCGUCCCGUACUUCACCGCCUACAGGGCCCUGGUUCACAAAGCUCACGCUAAAGCUGGAGAGACUGUCCUCGUCCAUGGAGCCAGUGGAGGGGUUGGCGUGGCAACGUGCCAGUUGUCCCGCGCUUUGGGUCUCACGGUGUUGGGGACGGCGGGGACGCCGGAGGGCCUGAAGCUGGCCCUCAGCAACGGAGCUCACCUGGCCUUCAACCACAGAGAGGAGGGCUACACACAGAAAAUCAUGGAAGCCACAGGGGGCAGAGGCGUCGACGUGGUCGUGGAGAUGCUGUCAAACGUCAACCUCAGUAAAGACCUCCAGAUGUCGGCCGUGGGGGGACGGGUCACGGUCAUCGGCUGCAGAGGCCCCGUCGAGAUCAACCCCAGAGAUGCCAUGGCGAAGGAGAGCAGCAUCAUCGGAGUCAUCCUCAACGCCGCCACGCCGGAGGAGAACAGGGAGUGCGCGGCGCUCCUCUACGCCGGCAUGGAGGCCGGUUGGCUGCGUCCGGUCGUCGGCGCCCAGUACCCGCUCGCCGACGCCGCCCAGGCUCACCAUGACAUCAUCGAGUGUCUCGGGGCUGCUGGGAAGACGGUCCUGAUCGUGUGACCAUGUGAUCAUAGCAUGGGGGGGGGGGAGUCAGAGGAAAGGUUUAACACAAAUCAAUAAAAUAAUAAAGACA